AUGUCCCCUUUACAAUUAAAAAAACUUGGAAAUAAGCUUGUAUCCACAUUCUUAAUGCAUCCAACAAUAUCCUUGCUAUUGGCAAUUCCCCUUUUUUUUUUUAAUCGAUUCAAUUGUUUACGAGUUACAUCCAAUGCCACCUCUUCAAAGGAUCUAAAAUGGCUGAACGAAAUCAAUUAUGACAUACUAACAUGUGAUGUAUGCGAUAAUAUAAUCCCCAUGGUGGCCAUACCAAGCAAGCGCAAACACUUUCAAGACAAAAUCAGAAAAGCCAAAUCAGAGAUGUAUCAGAAUUUUGCACAAGAGAAAUUUCCGAAAGAAAACACAAGUUACAAGGAAUAUCACUCGAAUUACACCCUGAGUAGUAACUCCACCAAUGGAGAAAGAGAAAAAAAGAAAAAAAGAAAAGAACUUCACGGUGGUGGAGAUGGUGGUGGAGAUGGUGGUGGAGAUGGUGGUGGAGAUGGCGAUGGAGCUGACGAUGGUGGCAGUGAUUAUACUUUUAAUAAAAUCAUAAAUAGCCAAGAAUCGCAUGAGGAAAAAGGAAAUAUUUCCCAGGGGGAAGAUAAAUAUCACAACGCGUUUCAAAAUAAUGUGACGAACAAGUACGUCAAUGAACAAUCUGAACACGAUUCGAAAUUUAUGAACAGUGCAGGUGAAGAAGCAGAGCCAGUGCCAACUGGUGUAUUUAAAAGAAAGGAUAUUUCUUCAAUCAAGCAAGUGACGCUUCCCCUGCAGCAGUUACAAGAUAGUCAAUAUGUAGGAUACAUAAAAAUAGGCACCCCACCCCAAACAAUCAGACCAAUUUUUGAUACAGGCAGCACGAACAUAUGGGUCGUCAGCACAGAGUGUACAGAUGAAACUUGCCUGAAGGUGCACAGAUACGACCACAAGUUGUCUAGCAGCUUUCGCUUAUACAAACCGCACACGAAAUUGGAAAUUCUGUUCGGAACGGGAAUAAUUCAAGGAGAAAUAGGCAUAGAAACGUUUCACAUAGGACCAUUUAAGGUGUUAAAUCAAUCGUUUGGUCUUGUAAAAAGAGAAAUAAGGAGUGAAGCAAAAUCCAAUGUCUUUGAAAGGAUAAAUUUUGAAGGUAUAAUAGGAUUGGCAUUCCCUGAUAUGUUAUCAACAGGAAAAAUAGCGAUUUAUGAAAAGAUAAUGUCAGUUUACAAGUUUAAACAUAAUGAGUUUUCUAUUUAUAUUGGGAAGGAUAAUAAAUAUUCAGCAUUGGUGUUUGGAGGCGUAGAUAAAAGAUUUUUCGAAGGAGAUAUUUACAUGUUUCCAGUGGUACGGGAGUAUUAUUGGGAAAUAGAAUUUGAUGGACUCUACAUUGAUCAUCAGAAAUUUUGUUGUGAUUCCAGUUCAAUUGUAUAUGACUUAGAAAGGAAAAAUAAAAAAUGGAAAAAAGUAAAUUCAUUCGUUCGGAAAUACUUUAAAAAAAAAACUCAUUUGACACCAUCGAAUUUUUGGCAUCAUAGUAAUGAAGGAAAUUUCAACGCAAAAUGGAAUAACAAAGAAAAAAAUACAGAGAAAAAAGAUUCAUCUGGAAAAGACGACAUUGAUGAACAUUCUGCUUAUGAAGAACAUAAUCUUUUUGAUGAUCAUUGGGAAAAGCGAGAAAAAGGGAAAGGAAACAAAGGAUAUAUACGAAAUAAGAAACACCGAUGGAAAAGACACCUUCACAAAGUUAAGACUAGAAGAAAAGAAAAAAAAUUAAAUAAAAACAAAAAUUAUCUUAUAUUUGAUUCAGGAACAUCCUUCAAUAGUGUACCAAAGUCUGAAAUCGAGUAUUUCUUUAAAGUUGUUCCUCCAAGGAAAUGUGACGACAGCAACAUUGACGAAGUUGUGGCAAGCUACCCCAAUUUGACCUAUGUUAUUAACAACAUGCCCUUCACGCUAACACCAUCGCAGUACCUAGUUAGGAAGCACGACAUAUGCAAACCGGCAUUCAUGGAAAUCGAAGUUUCGCCUGAGUAUGGGCAUGCGUAUAUUUUGGGGAAUGCGACCUUUAUGAGAUACUACUACACAGUCUACAGACGUGGAUAUGGCCACAAAAGUUCUUACGUUGGUAUCGCCAAAGCAGUUCAUACGGAAGAUAAUGAGGAAUAUUUGAGUUCUUUGCAAAAAAAAAUGAAAGAAAUGUGA